GUCAUCUCCCUUAUUCACUACCGACAUCAUUAUGAGAAGCAACCAUGCCCAGUACCGUUUCGACAAGCGUCCACCUUUAACGAAAGGCUCUGCAUGUAGUGAGUGUAAGGCCAGAAAGGUGAGAUGCCCGGCAGAGAAGCCUGCCUGUUCAAAUUGUGUGCGACACAGUAAGACUUGUCAUUACCCUCCUUCCCGCUCCAACAUUGGACGGACAGUGGAUGGAGAUCGCAGUACACAAUCCCUCCGAGCCCUUGACCCUCCAAGAGCAGUGACACAUCCUUACUCUCCCAGACAGCGAGCUUCUCAAUCUCAGACUCCUGGCCCGGACCCACCUAGGCAAGAACUGCAUCAGACUACGUCUAAUUUGGCCUUCUUUCAUCAACCUUCCUUAGGAGAGAGGAAUCAACCAAUGCCUUCACAUUUGGACGAAGUUGAUCUCUCAUGGUUGUUAUCAAUCCCUGACCCCCGUGCCACAGAUGUACCAGAUAUGGAUGCUACAGCUCAAGAGCAUUGUUUGUGGCUGUACUUUUCAAACCAAGUAUCUUCUGGCAUGGAGAUGAAUAUAGCCCGCUUUUAUGAACGGCUGAUCUCUUCUGACCCUUUAGACAGACCUCAUCCUGCCCUGCUGAAUGCUAUGUUUUUGAGUGUUUGCCAGGCUUCGCCGUUAGAACACAUAAGAGCCAGGGAAGAGAGUUUCUUCGAGAAAGGUGAUUUUGCCUUGAAAGAGGCAAUAAAGGAUUCAGCUUCGUUGCCAGGAAAUAUGUUGGAUUUGAUGAGAGCUGCGGCUCUAAUGGCAGAAUGGCUGUGGGGACAAAGUCGAAAAGCAGAGGCUGUACUGAUGACAAGUACCGCAUGUCGGAUCGUCCUCUCUGCCGGCUUUGAGCACAUCUCGUCUUCCACCGAUCUUGGAGGUCCUCGCCGAGAAUUACUCCUUCGCACUCGAAACCCAAUAUGCCUCCCAGCCAGGGAUUACAUUGAGAUAGCGGACCGUAUCUAUGCAUUCUGGGACGUGAUUAUGCUGGACUUAGCGGCCUCAAUCGCAUUUGGGCUUCCUGCCAAUAUUGACUUGGCACAGAUCCGCACGCCACUACCCAGGCCAUGGCCAGAAUAUGGACCUGAUCCACCGUCGCCGGACGUGUAUGUCUCGGACCUAUUUAAGGCGACCAUUGCACAAGAAGACCAUUAUUCUCGAGCUCAUUUUGUAUAUAUCAUCCAAGCCACAAUUCUUCUUUAUUACUCCACUUUCCAAAAUAUCUCUUCUCGCUAUCCGUCGUCCUGGCACGAACAUCACCUGCCUCCACUCCCUCCACGACGCUUCACCUCCCACUUUGCAUCAUCUCCAACACCAUCUUCUUUAACAACAGCCAACUCUUCAUCCUCGACCUUUGAUUUGAAUUCCGUUGUAGAACGCUUCGCAUCCUCACUACCGAAGGAACUGAAGUCUUUCGAACCUGCAACCUCUGACCCAUUGAAAGCCGCCACAGUCUUUAUGAUGCAAACUAUUCUGAGCGCAACGAGAAUGUACUUGGCUGACACUAACGAUUAUGAAUCACCCAAUGAUGCUGCUUUAUAUCAGGCUCGAAGGAUAGUGGAUUUGAUGAGGAUUACAAAUGCCAACGGUGCUCUCCCUCCCAGUUUAUCUCUUUUCAUUCUUUGGACUUUGGCUUGUAAAAUCCUUAUACGGGAAGUCAAACGCCUCACUCAACUGGGGGAAAACAUAGCCACGAUUCCUCUUGACGCCGAUAUCGAUCAACUUUUUCAAACGUUCUCUGUUGCUGCCCAAAAAGCACCCCUUGUUGCAUCGGUAUUUCAAGUGCUUCAAAUGAUUCGUGCCACGCCAGUGAGCGGAUUCGAACAAUUUUCACCAGGAGAAGAGGAAUCUCCCACGUCCAGAUCCGAAUCUACACAUGUACAAGCAUCAGGAGAGGAGUCUCAAGUACCUUCGGAAGGCAAUAUCUAGAUCCUAUUUACUAGAUGUCUUAAUGAGUUCUUAUUUGACC